AUGGCGUUGGAAGAGCAGUGCUCGGCACCACCUCGAUGGCGGUCAAUAUCGCUAACACACGUAGAGUUUCCGGACGAUGAUCUAACAGGAGAAGUGCUGGCCUACAUUAGUCUCCUUCCCAUAGCAAUUCUUGUGGGUUUUGUUACACUCAUAGUGUUCAAACGAGAACUGCACACGAUUUCUUUCUUUGGCGGGCUCAUCCUGAAUGAAGGGGUGAACUGGCUAUUGAAGCACAUUCUUAGGGAACCACGCCCAUGUGCAGGGGCUCAUUCAACCCUGAACACAGAGUAUGGGAUGCCCUCCAGUCAUUCCCAGCUUAUCUGGUUCUUUGUUGUUUACUUCUUUCUUUUCCUUUAUUUAAGAAUGCAUCAAACAAACAAUGCUCGAUGUGUGGACCUACUGUGGAGACACAUACUGUCCAUUAUCUUGUUGGGCAUGGCCUUAUCAGUCUCAUACAGCAGGGUCUACCUGCUGUAUCACACUUGGAGUCAGGUUUUCUACGGUGGAAUUGCUGGUACUGCUAUUGGCAUAGUGUGGUUUUUUUUCACACAAGAGGUGCUGACGCCAUUAUUUCCCAAGAUAGCUGCUUGGCCAAUAUCAGAGUACUUUCUGGUGCGAGACACAAGUCUGAUCCCAAACAUCUUAUGGUUUGAGUACACAGUGACCAGAUCAGAGGCAAGGAACAGACAACGAAAGCUUGGAACAAAACUUCAGUGAUCUCUACAGUUCUUUUGUGAAACUGAGUUUAGUACCACACAUAUUCAAAUAUACACACAAACAAAUGCUUAUUUGAAAAAAAAACACACACUGGAGAACCAUCUUUUGGACUGACAUAGUUGCGAGGAAUAAAAAGGCCAAACCGUGAUGGUGGCAAAAGAGUGCCUGAACCUGGCCUGGGGUCUACAGUCUGAGCAAGUCCGUCCACAUGCCUCUCCUUCUUGUACAGCUUGCUCAAAUGCUGUCCAGUGCAUGCAAGACUGUGUAAGAGGCAUACUAUUUAAUAAUAGAUUAAUAUAUAUUUUAACUGUAAACGCACGCUGAAAUUAACAGUGUACUGUAAGAAAAUACAAGGAGCCAAAAAAGGAGGCCUUGUUAAAGUUUCAAACAAAUUGGUGUCAUUAAAGCAUGUAAUUAGUGAUUCUUUUGAAAUACUCAGUGAUGGAUAACUGGUGAGCAGGGUUAGGGUGUUGAACUUAGAUUAGGGAUAGGGGUUUGAUUAUGGCUUGGAUUGGGGUAAGUGGAAUUAACCAUUUUUCAUUGUUAUAUAAUAGAAACACAACAAUUUCUAAAAUUGGUUUAAAUGUAAUAUAAAAGAAAAUUUGCACUUUGUGAAAUUUAAAAGCUAAAAAAAACUAACACUAGUUUAAUGUUAAAACUCUCCCCACUCUUCCUUAAUCUACCCUCUGUGUCUGUGACUGUAAGUCCUAAUAUAUUAGAUUCCAAAGCUGAAUUAAAAGCAGUGUAAAUUUAAUGUACCUUAUGUACUAUAAAGCAUCAAGGUCUUGGUUUCUGUUAUCCACAUUUGAGGAUUAUGAUACAGUGCCGUGCAAAAGUAUUCAACCUCCUUGACAGUCAUCACUAAUUUCUGCAUUAUAAAAGAUACUCUCACAUCUGUUGUUCCUGAACAAUAUUAAUUUUGUGAACCCAUAAGCUCUAACUGCAUAUUCCCAAAGCCAGAAUAAGUCGU